UCGGCGACUUUGGAGCUCAGCUUUUUGCGAUGCUCUCUAAUGGAUCACUUUCUUUGAAGCAAUCGACUCGUUGGUUCGAAUUUGGAGUUUCCGUUAAACGGUGUGAGAUGGUGUGACGAGAGAAAAGAAGGAUAAGUGGAUUUUGGUUACCUGAAUUUUGAUAACUGGGAAGCGCUCGUUCUUUGCGAGGCUUUUCGAUCGCUUUUCCGAAUCUAAUUUCGGAGCGAGAAAUUUGUGGGAGGAUGGUGACGAAAGUGAGGAGGAGUGUUGAUUUUGAUUCACCUGAUUUUUCGGUGAUCGCGAAGCUUGGCCUUGCAAGAUGCUUGAGCUAAGUCUUUCGAAAAAGAGGAUUCUCGCUGGAAGCGGAAGAGAUGAAGGUUUGGAGGAUCAAAAGAAGCUUCUCGGUGGAAGCGAGGAGAUACGGAUUUGGAGGAACAAAAGACACUUCUCGGUGGAAGCUGAAGAUAUGAGGAUGUGGAGGAUCAGAAGAAGCUUCUAAGUGAAGCGAAGAGAUGAGGGUUUGCGAAAACGAGAUGCGUGUUCGGAAAAGCUUGAUGAGCUUGAAUAUGAAAGCGGGUAUGGAAAGCGGAAUGAGAACAGAGUUCUUGAGAGCUUGGAUAUGAGAAAGUGCGUUGAGAGUGGAUGCGAACGGAAGUUCUGUAAGCUUUCUUUCUACGAUACGGUGAGGAAGAAAGAGAAAAAGAAGAGAAGAAGCAGAUCGCGGGGGAGACGAGGGCUAUUUAUCCUCGCUCGCCUAGCGUGGGUGAUCUGGGGACGACGGACAGGCUAGACAGCGCUGGAGAGUUGAGGGGAAUCGCGGGGUUGGAGGAUGAGAGAGUCGUUCCUGCUGGAUGAAGAGGAAAAAAGAUGGAAGUUUGAAAGGCGCAAAA